AUGGUUGCUAAACAGGAGCUGUCGGUGAAUGUUCCUCUCAUGUUAAACGUCAGCUUCUUAAGCUCAAUUUCAAAGCCGAAAUUAAUCUCUGAGCUAAAUAAUCUGUUUACGAAGCUGAUGAAGCAUAAGCAUGGAUGGGUUUUCAAUGUGCCAGUAGAUGCUCAAGGACUUUUCUUGCGUGAUUACCACACUGUUGUUAAAGAGCCUAUGGAUUUGGGUACAGUGAAAACUAAAUUGUGGAAUAGUUUGUAUAACUCACCGUUGGAGUUCGCUGAAGAUGUGAGGCUUACUUUUAACAAUGCCAUCUUGUAUAAUCCAAUAGGGCAUGAUGUGCAUCGUAUGGCUAAGUCUAUGUUGAGUAUGUUUGAAGAGGAGUUGGUUUCCAUUGAAGUGCCAACUCGUGGUGUAGAGCCAUUACCAAAUCCUAAACCUUCCCCUCCUCUUAAUAGAAUACUUGAGGAUAGUGUACUUUUGGAGAGAGCGGGAUCUCUGAUAACACCAGUGUUACCUGAAACUGUCAAUACUACUACUACGACCAUCGAGAAGCGUAGAGAGGAAGAGGACGCUCCUGUUGAUAAUAGGGACCUUACCUUAGAUGAGAAACAGAGACUCAGUGAAGAGCUUCUUGACAUGCCUUGUAACAAACUAGAGAUAGUUGUUCAGAUUGUAAAGAAGAGUAAUCCAAAACUCUCUCUACAAGAUGAUGAGAUUGAGCUGGAUAUUGAUAGUCUUGACAUCCAAACGCUUUGGGAGCUUUAUAGAUUUGUGACUACUGGGUAUAAGCAGAGCUUGAGCAAUAAAAAAGAGGAUCAGGAGUUUGAUUCAGAAAGAGAUGCUGAAUCUGCUCACAACAUUAUCCAAGGCUCGAACAAUCUAGUAACUGGCACCGAAACAUCGAGAGUUACUGAAUCAGGAAAAGCAAUUCGCAUGUCAUCUCCUGUUCGGCAAAAAAAAAAAAAAGCAGGUGGAUCAAGUAGUUCUAGCAGUGACACAGGAUCUUGCUCUAGUGAUUCUGACUUUGAAAGCUCCUCGUGA